UCAGAUGUCACUUUCAUCAGUUUCAAAGUAAACUUCAUUCAUAGUGUACAGUGCACUAUUUUACAGCGAAAUUAAAGUGCAAGAUUUUACUUCAAAAGUAAUUAAUUAAGUUUAAUUCUUUGUGGAAAAAAGCGCUGUUUAGUGGAACUUUGCCAAGAUGGAGAUGCUAUCCGAUGUACUCCAGCCGUACAAGGAGUUGGUGGGCUCCGUGGCUGCCAUCGUCACAAUCGGCCAAAUGUUCUCUGGCUCCUUCAUCUGCUACGACGUGUACAAGCAGGGCAACACCCGAGGGAUAACCAUAGCUCCUUUCCUUGGAGGUGUUGUUAUGAGCUUGCUCAACUUAAAGUACGGUUACAUAUUGCGAGAUGAUAAGAUGAUUCAAGUGAACCUGGUCGGUUUGGCGCUGAACAUUGUGUACGUGUUGGUCUACUUCCAUUACACUUCGGAGAAGGUCAAGGUGUGGGCUAAGAUUGGUUUGGCGGGUGCCUUCACGGUCGCACUCCUGGGAUAUGCAGAGAUGGAAGAUCCCAAACUCGUGGAGAACAGAUUUGGGACGAUUAUCACCGCUUUCAUGUUCUACUUGAUCGCAUCACCUUUGUUUGGCUUGAGGGAAAUAAUAAAGAACCAGAGCACCGAGGGCCUGCCCUUCCCCAUCAUAUUCUCCGGCGCCAUCGUCACCUUCAUGUGGUUGCUCUACGGCAUCAUCUUGAAGAACAAGUUCCUCAUUAUUCAAAACGUAGUCGCUGUAAUUCUGUGCUCCAUUCAGCUAUCGUUGUUCGUCAUCUAUCCAUCCAAACGCGCCACCAAAGAAAAGGUUAAAGCGAAGGCGAAGAAGGCUGAUUAAAAGGUUAAUUAGUAAUAAUGGUACAAAAGCAACACCGGCCUGCAAUUUAUUUGAAAUUGGAGGGAAACAUAUAACCUCAAAUUUCACUGACAUUUCGGGUGACAGUUCCUUAGUACACGUUUUUGUUUUCAAACAUUUAUGAUUUACUAAAUUAUGACUUUUUAAGUCAUAAACGAAUAGGCCAUUGCUUGAAAAUGACAGUUUCCAUUUAAACGCGCCUGUUGAUGUUCCUGGCAGUUAAUUCCGUAUUAGUUCGAAUCCUUGUGGUUACCAACAACAACCGUCAGCGCUAAAAUGGCAAAAAUCAAAUGGGCACAAAAUACCACGGCAUAUAGCCAGUCCAUAUAUAGAUGUCAGAACUUUAACUUAAAUUAUAUAU